UGUUUUUGACAGUGACCCUGCUGGGCUUCCGUAGCGGGGAAAGACCCUUCGGCCGGCAGUUGAAGCUUCUCGGUUUGGCGACGGGCGGUUGGCUGCCAGAUGCGCGCGAGCGUGGAUUAGUGUGGGGUUGAAGGAAUGGACGAGGCGGUUGCCGCCGCAGAGGAGCCGCCGCCGCCGCUACUCCAGCUGAGCGGCGACAGCGGCAACGUCUCGCAGAGCCACAGCAACACCUCCGGCCUCGGGGACGAAGACGCGGCGGAAGGAAACGCCUUCGGAGGGGAACUGCUGCUGGCAACCGCCGCGGCCGACUACGCCGCCUACCUAUUGCCUUCGCCGCUGGGCGGCGUCGCCUCAGCGGGGCAGGUUGAAACCUUAGAUAAGAGUCUGGAAGAUUUGCUGACCAGGGUCGAUGAGUUUGUGGGGAUGCUAGACAUGAUUCGAAAUGAUUCUUCUCAAGUAGUCAACGAAAGCGUACCACAUAUUCAUACCAAGGCUAUAGAAAUGAGGCGGCUAUAUAGGAAAAUUGACAAACUAGAGGCCUUUGUAAAAAUGGUUGGAAACAGUGUGGCUGGGAUGGAGGAACAGAUCACAAAGGCAGAAUCAGAUCUUGGGACAUUUCCAAAUACUUUUAAAAAAUUCUUACACACAAUCAACGUGCCAUCUUUUCUUAAUAAAUCGUCUCCCUCAAGGCAGAAUCAACCCCUUUAUGAACCUCCUGACCUCUUCAAGACUGAAGACUACUUUCCUUUUCUUGGUGAAGCACAGCGUAUGUGAUUUAGCUGACAAUGACAUUAUCUAAAAGAUAGUAUUAUAAUUUAAUGUCCAUGAUGGUCUUUAGAUUAUUGCACUUCUUUGAAAACCACAGCCUGCUGCUUUCCUGUGUCCCAGUCCAACUUCAAAUGUUUUAUUUCAGCUAUGUCUGGCAUAGAAUAUACUUUUUUUCCCCGAGUCUUUCUAAAGUGUCAGCUAACCUUAUCAGUAAGUCACUUUGAAGGGGUGGGGGCGAAGGAAGCACAUGUCCAUACACACCAAUAACCUGUCCUGCAGAUGAGGCUAGCCCUUUCCCUCACCUGUGGAUACUAGACACAAGGAAAGGGGGAGAGUAGGAUGCAAAAGGAAAGCUACCCGCCCAACUUUUUACCUUUCCAAACUAGAAAGUGGCAGGAAAAGCAAAUUGGCAGAAGCAGAACAUGCAAGGAAGAUAUACUUUCCUUGUAUGUAUGUGAGCAACACAUGUGCCCAUUUCCUUUUCAACAUGAAAAGGCAGAAGAAACAAGUAGUCUUCUGCGUAUUUCUGUUCUUCAUCCCUUGUUUUUUGAGCCACAAAUGGCUCUGAAAGCCAAAAGGGAGGAGGGAAACACGAGGCAAAGCAAUAGAAUUUAACCUCCAUCUUCUCUCACUAAGAAACAGCCUGGAAUAGUGGAGUGGAUUGGCUUAUGGGCAACGAGUUACCAAACUAUAUUACAUACUUGGUUAAGCCCAUUUCUGUUAAGAGAGAAAUGAUUUAGAGGAAAUUUACUUUUUUUAUCUAAUUGUUUUGCUGCUGCUAGUACUAACCCACAGAUACCACAAGGAUGUUUUUAAAAUAGUUCUUUGGUACAUUUAAGUGCAAUAAGGACCAAAACUAUAUGCAUUCAUUUCCUUCAUGAAUGCCUGGAUUCUGUUCUAUAUGUUGGGGAGAAAUAUACUGUUCAAAGAGAGGAGAAAACACUGCUGCGGAGUAAAUAAAAAAUAGCAAUAUGUGCUAAUUGCUGUUAUAUUUCAGAGGCAUCUGUCUCGGACAAAGUCUUUUUUGAUGAAUAUCUUAAAACGUUUGUAUAUAAUGCCAAAAGUGUGAUGACCAAAGCUCUUAUAACUUAAAAUUUAAUUAAAAUCUAAGUAAGAUUUUU